AGUUUUGUUAUUACCACAUAAUAACAUAGUUUGCGAUUUUCAUGUUUUAAUUUUUGCCAAUAUUGACAAAGGAUUGAAUUACUAAAUUCUGUUCCAAAUAUGCGUUGGUUACUCCUACCGUGGGGCUAUAGGGGGAUACAGGGGAACGGGGGAACGCCACACGGACUCUGGCGAGGGAACACGUGUGCAUGCAACAUGCACACAUUCUGGCUCCGCCUACGAGAUCUGCCGGGUGGUACCUCCGCGUUCGACAGUCAGAGACCGUCUACCACGUACGGACAAUCACAACAUCCAUAGCCAAGAGAAAAAGCGCACGGCGACUGAUCAGGAGACC